AUGGGACAGAGACACCCCCAGUGCUAUCUGGCGAGAAUGAACAAACAGGUCCAGCCCGAGCGCAAAGUGUCGGUGGUGGCCCCCUUGCCGGACCGCGCGGGGCCGCCGCCGCCGCCGAAGAAGGACGUGGAGCUGAUCCUGGUGAAGGAGCACAACGGGGUGCAGUACACCAGCAGCAGCCUCCUGCCCGCCGCCCCCGCGCCGCGCUACGGCACCCAGGACAGGGAGACCUGGGGCAAGAAGAUCGACUUCCUCCUCUCCGUCAUCGGCUUCGCCGUGGACCUGGCCAACGUCUGGCGAUUUCCAUACCUCUGCUACAAAAAUGGAGGGGGUGCCUUUCUUAUUCCCUACAUCCUCUUCUUAAUCAUUGCUGGAAUGCCCCUGUUCUAUAUGGAAUUAGCACUGGGACAAUAUAACCGAGAAGGGGCUGCCACUGUUUGGAAAAUCUGUCCAGUUUUCAAAGGUGUAGGCUAUGCAGUGAUACUCAUAGCUCUUUACGUGGGUUUCUACUACAACGUUAUCAUAGCUUGGUCUCUGUAUUAUCUAUUUUCAUCAUUCACAUUUGAGCUCCCCUGGACAAACUGCCACAACAGCUGGAACAGCCCAAACUGUACAGAUCCAAAACUCUUCAAUGCAUCAGUGCUUGGCAAUGGUACUAAAUACUCCAAGUACAAGCUCACUCCUGCAGCUGAAUUUUAUGAGCGAGGAGUUCUGCACCUGCACGAGAGCCGUGGAAUCCAUGACCUUGGCUUGCCUCGCUGGCAACUUUCCCUCUGCCUCUUGGUGGUGGUAAUCAUUCUUUUCUUUAGUCUGUGGAAAGGCGUGAAGACUUCAGGAAAGGUUGUUUGGAUAACAGCCACUUUGCCUUAUGUUGUAUUAUUUGUCUUAUUAAUACAUGGAAUAACCCUGCCUGGUGCAUACAAUGGAAUAAAUGCAUACCUGCACAUAGAUUUCAGAAGAUUAAAAGAAGCCACAGUAUGGAUUGAUGCAGCUACUCAGAUAUUUUACUCCUUAGGAGCUGGGUUUGGCGUUUUAAUUGCAUUUGCCAGUUACAAUAAGUUUGACAACAACUGCUACAGGGAUGCUUUGCUGACUAGCACCAUUAACUGUGUCACAAGCUUCAUCUCAGGAUUUGCAAUUUUCUCCAUAUUGGGCUACAUGGCUCACGAGCACAAAGUUAAAAUUGAGGAUGUAGCUACUGAAGGAGCUGGUUUAGUUUUCAUCCUGUACCCAGAGGCAAUUUCAACUCUUUCAGGAUCUACAUUUUGGGCUGUGGUGUUCUUCAUCAUGCUCCUUACACUUGGCAUUGACAGUUCUAUGGGUGGGAUGGAGGCUGUCAUCACUGGCUUGGCAGAUGAUUUCCACCUUCUGAAGCAGCACAGAAAGCUCUUCACCUUUGGUGUUUCUUUUGGCACUUUCCUACUUGCUCUUUUUUGCAUUACCAAUGGUGGAAUUUAUGUGCUCACACUUCUGGACACAUUUGCAGCUGGGACUUCAAUAUUGUUUGCUGUUCUAAUGGAGGCAAUUGGAGUUUCCUGGUUUUAUGGUGUGGACAGAUUCAGUGAAGACAUCCAGCAAAUGAUGGGCUUCAAACCAGGCCUCUACUGGAGACUCUGCUGGAAAUUUGUUAGUCCUGCUUUUUUAUUGUUUGUUGUGAUAGUCAGCAUAAUAAAUUUCAAACCUCUGACCUAUGAUGACUACACCUUCCCUCUGUGGGCAAACCGCAUUGGCUGGGGAAUAGCAUUAUCCUCCAUGAUCCUUGUGCCUGCCUAUAUCAUCUAUAAAUUUAUGAAUGUGCGUGGGACCUUUAAAGAAAGACUAGCUUACUGCAUCACGCCUGAAAACGAGCACCAACUCGUGGCCCAAGGAAAUAUCAGGCAGUUUAAGCUCCAACACUGGCUAACAAUAUGA